AGAAUUCAAUAGCAGUUCUUAUAGUUGUUUUGGAUUGUUACGAAGAUGUGGAGUUCAGGAACAGAUUUAAAAAAUCUCGCCCAAGACUCUGAAGAUGAGAGUGCCUUGUCUUCAGAGGAGGAACAAGACAUUCAGUGUGAGAUUUUGGAGAUGCAACGGGAUGAAGCCAACGACAAACUGUCUCAAAUGGAGGAAGCAUCUGCUCAGCUGCUGAAGGAGUUAAACAUGCUGGAGAUUCAGUUUCAGAUUGAACGCUCAUGCAGAGAAAAUGCUGAGGCCUUUGCUUUAAAGGUGACAAAAGAGAACAAGGCCUUAAAAAGGAAAAGUCUGGCUCUUAUGCCCCUGAUCCCAGAACUGCCUGAAAACCUGGCUGCUCUGAACUUGGACCUAGAAGAUGAUUCUACUUCUGACACUUCAAUGGAAUUGGCAGAAGACCCCCUUCUUAAAAGUCAGGCACAGAUUAGAGAGCUUCAGUCCUCUGUCGAUCAGCUCUUAGGGGAGAAGAUGCAGCUUUGUGAGCAGGUAGAAGUCUUGAAAAAAGAAAAGGAAGAACUGAAAGAACAGCUUGCGUUGGAGGUUCAGGAGAAAGAGGCCAUUUUGAGGAAAUUAACUAAACAAAAUCGAACAGUCGACAAAAUGAAAAGAGUGUCCCAGCUUGUUACAGAAGAGUUUGCAGAGAUGUCACAGAAGCUGGAAAUGGAGCAAGGGCUCAGAGAACACGCUGAAGUGUUUGCGCACCAGGUGCUGGUGAAGCAGAAGGAGAGCCAGAGGCAGAGCUUGAUCCUUGUACAAAAUGGAGAAGCUGAUGUACAGCUCCAGCAAGCCCUUGAGCAAGUGACUCAGCUCAGCAAAGCACUGGAGGAGAUACGUCUGCAUUAUCAACAACAGAGGAGUCAGUCUCAGGCAGUGAUGGAGGAGUUUAAUGCUCUUACUGAGCUGCAGAUGGUCAGAGCUCAGCUAGAUACCAACAUGAAAGAAAGGAUGACGAUAGAAAAUCAGUUGAGAGACUCGCAAAACACUGUGACAGCACUGCAGGAGGAAGUUAAGCAUCUUCAGGAUAUGCUGAAAACAGCCAAAGAGAAUCCUCUUCUUGAAUGUAGCCCAUCAAAUGAAGAGAAUGUCUCUCCAGUUCCACUUUCUUCAACUCCUCCUCCUCCUCCUCCACCACCACCACCACCACCUCCUCCGCUCUCGACAAGUCCUAUUGACCCGCUGGGUGCUCUGAGGAACAGAAAAAAAGCUGGAAACAAUAUCACUGACUCAAAGAAACCUGUAGUGUCUGUAGAUGUGAAAACCAGGGCAGUUGAUGAAAUGAUGGAGAGAAUUAAGAAAGGGAUUGUACUGAAGCCCACUCAGAAACCCCAGCAGACUGGCUGGGAUGAAGACUCAUGGAAGGAUCAAAGAAGUGAGAAAAGGAAAUCUGCUGUCCUUGAGUUGCAGGGAAUCCUGGACACCAUUAAAACAUCAGGACCCAAACGGACGGCAUCCAGGAAGAGGAUUAGUCAUAAUGUAGGGGAAGUGGAGCUUCAGCUGGUCUUGCAGAGGAGAAGGCGGGCAAUUGGGGAUGAUGGAACCUCCCCACCCACUGCAGCCCCAAAACCUCAAGGUCCACCUCCGGCAUCCACAGCCACAUGCUCUUCAAACUGGCUUGCAGAGAACAGGAAUGCUCCUGUCUUACGGAGGCUGAAGCAGAACCAGGAAAAGAGAAACUCACGCGUCAGAGCAUCAAACUGUGUCAUCUGGGAAGACAAGUGAAAAUAAAGGCAGUUGAAAUGA